AGGACACAGUGGUGGCUGUGUCUGUCACUGGGAUUCUUAAGGUGUGGAUCAUCACCGCUGACGUCAGCAGGAUGCAGGAUCUGGACCCUGUUUUUGAGGAAGAGUCGAAGCCCAUCUACUGUCAGGGCUGCCAGAGCAUCUCGUUCUGCACAUUCACACAGCUCUCGCUGCUGGUGGUGUGUUCGAAGUACUGGAGGGUGUUUGAUGCGGGGGAUUUCUCCCUGCUGUGUUCGGUCCCGAGCGAGAACAAUCAGUCGUGGGUCGGAGGAGAAUUCAUUGCUGCUGAUAAAGUCAUAAUCUGGACCGAAGAUGGUUGCAGCUACAUUUACAAACUACCGGCCAG